AGGACUGUUGUUUACAUUUAUGUAAUGUGGAACGAGCAGUUCACGCGGUGUAUAUAUCCAAAUCGAUGUUGGUCUCAUGCGUGGCGUACACACAAACACAAUUCGAAGCGGCAAAUGCUGUGUGCAUAUAUAUACUGUUCAUCCGUGCUCAGAUUUAUUUGAUGCAACACACACACACACAUACGCACGGGGCCAAAGUAUACAAGCGACGACUAGACAAGAGGAGAGAAGAAAAAAAAAUACAAAAUGGCCGACAUUUGUAUUUUCGUAUCAGAACCAUAGUAGACAGUUCAUUGUUUAGUAGCACCGAACGUAUGAGUUUUUUCAUUUGUUCAAAUUGUGAUUGAAUUCGUAAAUUAGACUGGCAUUGAAUGCGAUAUUGUGAACGAAACUAGCCGAUGAAGUGUAUUGCAUUGAGAAAUUGCUUGCAAAACGCCGAAAUUCAACGUAAACAACGUGAAAAUACAAAGUAAAAAAACCGCCCAAGACACACACUAUAAAUUUACAUUCGUCGCGUGUGUUACAACAGCCAGAAGAAAAAAGUGCCCGAUUGUGUUUUCCGUGAAUAAAUCAAAUUGGACUGACCAGAAUAAGAGCAGACGGAUCCAUUCAUUUCAUUUUCAGUUUUUCUCGCUAUAUCUAGUCGAUUAUAGAAUGUAUCUGAUGUUGGCUGUUAAUUAAAAUGAAGGAAAUGGUCGGUGGUUGUUGUGUUUGUUCUGAUGAAAGAGGUUGGUCGGAAAAUCCACUCGUCUACUGUGAUGGUCAACAUUGUACAGUAGCCGUGCACCAAGCCUGCUAUGGGAUUGUCACCGUGCCGACGGGCAAUUGGUAUUGCCGAAAAUGUGAAAGCCAGGAGCGUCCAACGCGUGUUCGUUGCGAACUCUGCCCCUCGAAAGAUGGUGCAUUGAAACGAACCGAUAAUCAAGGUUGGGCGCACGUCGUUUGUGCUUUGUAUAUACCCGAGGUGCGCUUCGGAAAUGUCACAACCAUGGAGCCUAUUCUACUGCAGUUGAUACCGCCGGAACGGUUCAAUAAAGUGUGUUACAUUUGUCAGGAGAAUAACAAAGGCUCAAAGGCUGCGGCUGGCGCAUGCAUGCAGUGCAAUAAAUCUGGAUGUAAGCAACAAUUUCAUGUAACAUGCGCUCAAGCUCGCGGUUUACUUUGUGAAGAAGCAGGGAACUACUUGGACAAUGUCAAAUACUGUGGCUACUGUCAACAUCAUUACAGUAAAUUGAAAAAGGGUGGCAACGUCAAAACAAUUCCUCCAUACAAACCAGUAAACCAUGGCAUUGAAUCGAGCGAUCCAUCUUCGUCGCCUGAAAAGGAGACCGACGCGGUUCCGGUAGCACUGAUACCGUUGCCCGCGAUGAGUUUGACCGCAACGAAUUUGGAUCAAAAGCCGUCAUCACAAAAUGGUUCGCACAAAUCGGUGCAGAGAAAGACAAAUGUAAGCGGUGUGGCCAGCAGUUCAUCAAUAUCGUCGUCAGCGUCGUCGUCGUCAUCGUCGUCGACGACACAACAGCCGUCACCGUUUGCCGCAAAACCAACGGGCGCUCAAUCGCAGCCGGGAAAUCAAAAUACCAGCCAAAUAAAUACGAGCAGUUCAUCGAGCAAUCUAAGCACCGAUCUGCUGAAUGUAUCGGGCGGCGACGGAGGCAACAGCAAUAGCAGUAACAGUACAAAAGAAAGCUCAAGUAGUAAAAGUAGCAGCAAAUCGAACAAUAAAGGCAAUUCGUUGUCAACAAAGAGCUCAUCGAAAGAGCAACGCGAGCAAAAACAUUCGAAACCAUCACGAAAUCACAGCAAAGACUCGACACCCAGUGAAUAUGAUCUGCCGAAUGCAUCAACAACAAGUGAUGCCAACGUCACACCAGUUUCAACUGCAUCGAACAAAGACGUUGUACUCGGACAGAAAUUCACGACAUCAAAUUUCACCGAAUCGAUUGUUGUAUCCUCAGACUCGGUGUUUGGAAGUAAUGGCAGCUCAAAACCAGGCUCAAAUGUACCCGUUGUGAAGAAACGAAAGCUGGAAUCAAUCAAAUCUAACACCACGGACGAUAUGAUCAGAGAGGGUAUAAAAGAUGUCUCAGUGACUUUAGUGCCAUUAGCAUAUGAAAAAGGCGAAAUCAACAUCAACAUCAACGACACGAAAAAACAAAAAUGUGCUGAGCCAGAGUCUGUACAAAAUCAACACGUAGCUGGUGGUAAUACGCAGCAAAAUAUUGUCAAACAAACCGAAGAUAAGCCACAUCAUCCAGCCACGUCGGUUAGUUUAGUGGUUUCGGUGCCAUUGCCAACCGGUGUGAAUUUACCGUCAUCAAAUACAAGCGCCCCAUCAAUUCCAUCGCAUCAUCAAAUUUCAAACAUUAAAUCGUUCGCUAAUUCGGAUCUUCCGCCGAAUCAGCAUUUAAAUCGAUCUCACAACCUACCGAAUGUUAUCGUACAGCAGCCGGCCGAAUUGCAAGUGAGGGACCCAUUGUUGCUAAGUGACAAGCAAACGCUUGUACCUGUCGGUGCAAUCGUUCGAAAUCCAUCGCCGUCACAAAGUGGCAUAAAAUUGUCAUCCAAAGGAAAAGGCAACACCGGUAAUUCGUCGCUCUUUUCCGAAUUGAGCACUGCCAAUACUCCGUCAAAUAUGGAAACGUUGGGUGUUAGACUCAGUGCAAAAACUGCACAUCUCGCAGAUGACGUUAGCUUGAGCCGAAUUACAAGUACCCCGGAUGACAAUUCAAGUUCAUUUUCGGACUUGAAGAUUAGCUAUGAGGCACAGUCGAACAUUUAUGAUGUUGCAUCGAUAACACCACGUACCGACAUAAAAAAUUCGCCGCCAAGCUCACCGAGCUCUGAGAUUGCCGAACCACACAAACGAAAUCAUUCGGCGUCGAACGACGGAACGAAAGAUGUUAAAGUGUUUCCGUCGAAAGAUAUGCAUGUCACGCAUAUGUUGGGAAAUCAACUGAAUCCCUCAAGCAGCGUCGCUCAAAAAAUGUCCGAUCAAUUGUUUAUGGAAAUGGAAGCGCACAGUGUCUAUACGUCAUCGAGUAUGGACUCAAAUACCCAACUGAUGGGACCGAUGUUCCCUGGAAAACAGUUGAACAAUGCACGUAAUAGUGCACAGAGUCAACCGCAAGGGCCGUCGUUGAGCUCAAUGCUUGGUGGAACCGGCCAGCCGACUGCACAUGGAAACACACCACAAAGUCUCGAACAACUGCUCGAACGUCAAUGGGAGCAAGGUUCACAGUUUUUAAUGGAACAGGCACAACAUUUUGACAUUGCUUCACUUUUAUCCUGUUUGCAUCAAUUGCGUUCUGAAAACAUCCGUUUGGAGGAGCACGUCAACAAUUUGAUUGCGAGACGUGAUCAUUUGCUUGCUGUGAAUGCCAGAUUGGCGAUACCGCUGAAUCAAGUACCGCAAGUUCAGAAUCAAAAUUCCGGUAAAUAUCGUCUAUUAUCUACGAAAUUUUGCUACUUUUCUGAAUCAAAUUCCAACUCAAGCACAUUUUUUCCAAUGUUUUCUUAGGAACAUUCAACAAUUUGCAUUUGAAUGGAACAACUGAGCCGAAUUCACGUUCUCGAUCGCAGCACCUGAAAUAGCUACAGCGUUUCUUGUGCGACAGUUUGAAUGUCAGCACGAGCAGCGCAUCGAAGCGAACCUAAGCAUCCGACACCGAAUUCUAAGCCACAAUGGUUUCAUCAUCAUUCUGAAAUCAAACGACGAGCAUAUUUGUUAAGCUGUUUUCUUUUUCGCGUGCAAAACAAAAAACAAUUGAAGUUUGAACAAAAAAUAAAAAUACGUAGACUUUUUCCCAUUUGAAAAUGGAAAUAAUAUAGUGUGAGUGAGAGAAAAAUAUGAAAAAAAUAGAGAGAAAUGAAUAGUAAGGCAGCAUAAAGAAUGUGUGCUCGUGCGCAUUUUCCCUAAAAACUACAUGGUUUUAUAAACACAAAUAUUAAUUUAAUAUACAGAAAUGUAAUUAAACAACUGAAAUACACGGUAAAUUCGUGUAGAUAAUCUUCAUUUUAGACGAUUAGACUGUAAGCCAAAUUAUUCACUGAUUGGCAAUAGGUACUUUUAAGCCUGGUGUUUAGAUGUUGGUUUUCGAACCAAACAUAACCGCUCAUUAAGCCAAGAUUUCUUUUUCUAUUUAUGAAUUUCACCAUUUUUUUCCAUUGUGGUUUUUCUUUUCUUUCAAAACUGCCAUUUUAUUUGGAAACAAAUUUAGUUUAAUUGACAUCGAAAUUGGCUUCUAUUUACAAAACACGUUUACAUUAAUUUUUUUAUUAGUGUCGUUUCGUAAUAUCAAAUUUCGUCUAAGUUCUUUUUUUCCCAUUAGAGUACCUAAAUAUUUUUUCCGUACCUAAAAUCUAAUGUUAAAUUAGUUUUGAUAUGUAUCAUUGAAGUACCCAUCGACUAAUGUAGCAAAAUCACAUUUGAAAUACAGUGCAUAUUGGUAAUUUAA